AGAAGAAAAUACCACACUGACUGUUGUUAUUGUCAGUCGGGAAAUAAUAAAUUGUGGGAUAUUUUCUUGAUCCACAUGAGGAAAUUCUUUUGAACUUUCCUAUUUUAAGGAGUCCAGUGGUCAGGAUCUGCUACACAGCAGCACCCCAGGAGUUAGUGGGGACUCAGUGUGCUGCUCCAAGAUGCGUCAGUCUGGUGGGUGCUUGCUGACAACGGGGACUGAACCUGGAUUCUCCAGUUGAAGGACAAUCUCUAACUACAAGGCCACCAUCCUGCCCCAAGAGCUUGGUUGUGCCUGUCCUACACCACAGUCCCAUCACUGUGUGUCUCAGAGAAGGAGGAGGUCGCGGAGAAGAUUCAAGAACCUCUUCCUGUAACUUCUCUGCGGGCCACGUCCCAUCCCGACUUGCGCUAUCCUGGUCUGCCUCUAUCCCGUCCUGCUCCAUUGGACUCCAUCAUAUUUUGUGUGCUGCUCAUCUUAUCCAGCUGGCCCCACUGUCUUGCACUACCUCAGUCUCCCGCUGCCCAGCUCUCCUGUCGCGGUAGGACGUGUCCCAGUUUUUUCCCAGCCUGUCGUUAAACUGUCUCAGCACCAUUCCCACCUUCUCCUGAGCCUUCUGUUCCCCUGAUGGACACCACACCACACAGCAGCGCCACAUUCCCUCCCUCUUCCCUCUGAGAACCUCCCUCCACCCCAACCGCCCCGCCAACACUAACACCAACACAGCACCAUGGACACAAAAGAAAUGAUGCUGACGACCAUGAUGAAAAUGGACAGAGGAGAGAAUGAGGGAGAGAGGGACAAAGGGAGAGAGGAAGAGGAGGUAGAGGGAGAAGAGGAGGUGACACAGCAGGAGAAUGGUAGACUGAUGCUGGCUGAUGGCCUAGCAGAUAAAGGACCCAAGUCUUUGACCUCCAGUUCUGGUCAGCAGGUGUCCAACGGCUUCACCACGUCCGCCCCUCAGAGCUCCACGGAGGGGCCCGGGACUGGCGCUAGCUCUGGGGGUACGGCCCCUGGCGCUGGAGGUGGCACUGGGUCCUCCAUGCCACUAGGGGGCCUCAGGACUCUAGUGGUCCAGCAAACCAGCCUGGAGAGACCCAGGGAGACCUGGAGUAAGAAGAUGGACUUCCUGCUGUCUGUGAUUGGCUAUGCUGUGGACCUGGGAAACGUAUGGCGCUUCCCCUACAUCUGCUACCAGAAUGGAGGAGGUGCCUUUCUGCUGCCCUACCUGUUGAUGGCGGUGUUCGGAGGUGUGCCUCUAUUCUACAUGGAGCUGGCACUCGGCCAGUUCCACCGCAGUGGCUGCAUCUCCAUCUGGAAACACAUCUGCCCCAUUUUCAAAGGCAUCGGCUUUGCCAUCUGCAUCAUCGCCCUCUACAUAGCCUUCUACUACAACACCAUCAUGGCCUGGGCCCUGUACUACCUGCUGUCGUCGUUCCGGAGCACCCUGCCCUGGACCACCUGCACCAACAGCUGGAACACAGUCAACUGUAACCGCUACAUGUCCACCGACCACAACAUCUCCUGGUCCAACUCCUCCACCUCUCCUGCCGAGGAGUUCUAUACUCGCCAGGUGUUGCAGGUCCACCUCUCCUCAGGUCUGCACCAGCUGGGCUCUGUCAGCUGGCAGCUGGCCCUCUGCCUGCUCUUCAUCUUCACCAUCGUCUACUUCAGCAUCUGGAAGGGAGUGAAGACGUCUGGAAAGGUGGUGUGGGUGACUGCUACCUUUCCCUACCUGGUCCUCCUCGUGUUGCUCAUCCGUGGAGCCACUCUGCCAGGGGCCUGGAGGGGCGUGGUCUUCUAUCUCAAACCUGACUGGGAGAAGCUGCUCAGCACUACAGUGUGGAUUGAUGCCGCAGCUCAGAUCUUCUUCUCUCUGGGUCCAGGCUUCGGCGUGCUCCUUGCCUUUGCCAGCUACAACCCGUUCCACAACAACUGCUACAAAGAUGCAUUGGUAACCAGCUCAGUAAACUGUCUGACUAGUUUUCUGUCUGGCUUCGUCAUCUUCACCGUGUUGGGCUACAUGGCUGAGAUGAGGAAGCAAGAUGUGGACACUGUGGCCAAGGACGCAGGUCCCAGUCUGCUGUUUAUCAUCUACGCAGAGGCCAUAGCAAACAUGCCCGCUGCCACAUUCUUUGCCAUCAUCUUCUUCCUCAUGAUCAUCAUGUUGGGUCUUGAUAGCACGUUUGCAGGUUUGGAGGGGGUGAUCACAGCCAUGCUGGAUGAGUUCCCUCAUGUCCUGGUUAAGAGACGCGAGUGGUUUGUCUUCGGCCUGGUGUGUGUCUGCUACCUGGGGGCUCUCUCUACACUAACAUAUGGCGGUGCGUUUGUGGUGAAGCUGUUUGAGGAGUACGCCACCGGCCCUGCGGUCAUCACUGUGGUGCUGCUGGAAGUCAUUGCAGUCUCCUGGUUCUACGGUACCAGCCGUUUCUGUAAUGACGUCCAGGUCAUGCUUGGUUUCUACCCGGGUUGUUUCUGGAGGGUGUGCUGGGUGGCCAUCUGCCCCUGCUUCUUACUGUUCAUCAUUAUCAGUUUCCUGGCCUUCCCUCCAGAAGUCAGGUUGUUUCACUACCACUACCCAGCCUGGACCACCGUCCUGGGCUACUGCAUCGGCGUGUCCUCCUUCAUCUGUGUGCCUACUUACAUGGUCUACCACCUGCUCAAUGCAAAGGGCACAUUCAAACAGCGCCUGUUAAAGAGCAUCACUCCAGUGCCCAGCAGUGAAGGACACAGAGACCUCAUCAUCACUAACGCAGUUUGACCGAACCAUGACCGUGCAAAGGUGCCACUCUAUCUACCUAGAACGCCCUCUUCUGGACAUUCUGCAAAACUACAGGACAAGGGGGCUACCUUACACCAUCUUUGCCUCGUCUCAUGCAUCUCCAAUUCUUGUUUUCUCAGACUCGAGUCUAUAAAAGGGCAUAGAGUUAACGUACAGAACCGGGUCAAAGUGGUUUAGCUCAGCUGUGUUCAGUUCACGCUGGUUUGCUGGUUCACUUUUAAAGAAGUUUCAUGGUGUUUGUUGCCAGCCUACAGCCAAGUUUUAGUAACUCAAGCAUCUACAAUCCAUCCCUCCACCCACUUUACCCAUCAUGAGUGUCAUCUAAAUCAUUUAGUGACUGCUUAUGCGGUAUUACUGCAUUUUAUACAGUUAUAUAAAGUAUGAUACAAUCAAUGUUCAUUUAGAUAAUAUAACACAAGGCACUGCUGAACCUGUGAUUCGUUUUCGUCAACAUACAUGCUGUAAAAACUACAUACUUACUUCAUACUGAAAUUACAGAACACUUAAGUUGGAGUAGAUCUGCACAAUAAAAUAUCCAUCCAAUCUCACUGUUUAUGGUUGUAUUUUCAUGUUAUGUCAUUAAGUUAUGCAUUCUGAUAUGUAGCAAAAUUCAGGUAUCUUUUUACAUCUGUUACCGAAGCCAAAUAUGUAAUAUCUGUUAUGUUCCUGUUUCUACAGAUGUUUCUAUAAUGUAGCUGUCAUUAUAUUAUGUGCUGACUGUCAGCCUGUGUGUAGUUGGUGGCAUCUUGGAGGAAAGAUGCAAUGGGUUCCCUACACUGUGAAGCACUGCCUGGGUGGUUACAUUAAUGUGUGCGUGUGUGUGUCUGUGUGUGGAGAGAGUGCAAGCUGAGAGAGUGAGAAAGAGUGCUGUAAUGUUCAGUGGAAAGAACAGGUCACAUAGACAGAACCAACUAUGUGUAUUCAUCCUAUUAUUGCAAUAUACAAUGUGUAUUUAUCACUGCUGUCAUGUUGACCUUCUGUAGUUAAUCUCACACCAUGAAGCGUAGUGCUGAGGGGUUUUUCAAACCUAGUGACACCAUGUUCAUACUGCAUAACUGUCAAUUAUAGAAACCAAAUAUGGAUCAGAGCUAAUAACAUUAUCAGUGUCCUCGUACUCUCAUGGAUAUGUCUGAAAAUCAGCAUUAUUGCUCUUUACUUUCUACCAAAAAACAGCGUGACUGUGUGGUUGUUUCUAUGCCCAUGUGUGCCUGUGUGUGUGAUCUGACUGUAUGUGUGUUUACCGGUAUGUGCGUGUGUGUGCACAUCUGUGUAUGUAGGAGCAGGAAUAAAAAUAUGGCGAGUACUGUACAUGUAUAUGCGUAUCUACUAGUCAGUUCGGUAUUGGUGUAAUCUAUUCUGUGAAUACCUGUCUCCUCCUGCCAUGAAUGUGUGUCUGUUCAGUUCUUCUGUGUGCUUGAAUGUGUGUAUGCAUACAAGUUUGUGUGUGUGUGUGUAUGUGUGUGUGUGUGUAUGCACUUCAGCUAGUGAGUGAGUGUUUGUGUGUGUGUGUGUGUGUGUGUGUGUGUGACUGCGUGUCAGUAUGGGUGUGCAGUAGAGGUGUUCAGCCACUUUAUGUCUGUGUGCGCAUGCCGUGAUGUGUGUGUAAACCGUACUUCAGAUGUGUGUGUGUGCGUGUGUGUCUGUAUUGUGACCUCCUGUUGUCUUGUUAACUGCCAAACUGUCCUAUGAAGAAAGUAAACUCCCCUUUGCCUCUCUAGUACCUCUCAAGCUUAUGUAAGAUCUAUGUAUGUCAGUAAAUGAUUGUACUGAGAAACAAGCCUGUAUAGAAAAAAAAAUAUAUAAAUAUAUAUGAA